AUGACAAAUGUGGAAAUUGAUUUCCCGCGUGAAGACUUGUCUAUAGAUAGAAAACACCGGGGAAUAUACUCAGAUAAUGAUGGAACAGCGGACAUUAAGCGGCGAAAAGUUAAAAAUGAGCCAAAGUCUGAAUAUGAUGGUGUAUGGAAUCAGCGUAUAACUACGGAUUUUCUCACUGAGGGAAUGCUUGGUUUGGGUGUUAUUAUGAAAAUUAAAGAGACAGAAAUACUGCUGGAAUGCUCGGAUGGUAUAAUUGUUAAAGUACCUGUUCAAAAUUUUGGUAACUUAAUGCUAGAAACAUUAAAAAAUUCAUCUCUUACACUGGAAGAUAUCUUCAAAGUUGGUCAAAUGCUAGCAUUCAAAGUUAUCAAAGCCAGAGAAAUUCAUGAGAUUCGAAAACUAGGAAAAAAAGCUUCAUAUCCUAUUGUCAGUUGUGAUCCACUGAUUGUCAAUUUUCAUCUUAAUCCUGGUGCUUUAAUCAAUGGUCUCGUGCUUAAUGGUUUUGUGGAAAGUGUGGAAGAUAAAGGUGUUAUUAUUAAUCUUGGUUUGCAGUCAAUUGAAUUAAAAGGAUUUCUAGCAGAAAAGCAUUUACCACCUACUUUUGAAAGGGAAAGUUUAGUAGAAGGACAACCACUAUUGUUGCGAAUACAGGAUGAAAAUUUACUUAAUAAAAAAGCACGAGUCAUUAGCCUGUCUAUGGUCCCCGAAACGGAAUGCUUGAAUGAUGCUGCUAUCAAAAGGCUUAAACUUAACGAUUUAAUGCCAGGAACUUUACUUUUAGUAAAUCCAUUGCAACCAACUGCAAGUGGUGUAUAUGUCAACAUUGGAAAUGAUAUAAAAGGAUAUGUGAGCAGGCAACAUUUACCACCAAGAUAUCGUAACGACCCAUUUAAGUGUUUGAAGUCUUUUAAAACAAUUGUAAUGUUUUGUCAGCAAAAUAGUAAUUUGUUAAUAUUGAAUGGACAUCCAGAUAUUAUUGCCGUUAGUAAGUUCGUAAAACGAACUAAUUUUGAGAAUAUUCACAUUGGCGAUAUUAUUGAGUGCAAGGUAAGCAGUGUGGAUAAGAAUGGAAAUGUCAAUUUUGAUAUAUCAUUACAUGAAGAUGAAAAGAAUCCAUUGGUUGCAGCAUUUGCUAGGAAAACUGAGCUAGAAGAUCGUCUUGAAUACAAGAAGGGAACAAUACAUCAAGCACGUGUGCUAUCAUUCAAAAUGGUUGAAAGACUAUUAAUAGUUGCGACACGUAAAGAUAUCUUAGCACAAAAAAUGGUCUGCGUGAAAGUAAGACUGGAUGCUGUUCCUGGUGAGAAAGUCACCGCAAAAGUGAAAUCUGUGCUAGCUAAAGGAUUGUUCGUCAAAAUAUAUAAUUCGAUCCCAGGAUUUAUACCUAAAAUCCAUCUUUCUGACAAGUUGAUCACACGAAUUGACAAACAUUUCGUCGUCGGUGACGAGCUGAACUGUCGUAUUUUGAAUGUGAAUAGACUGAAAGAACAACUUAUUCUGACAAAUAAACAAUCCCUUACAACAAACAAAGACACAAUCAUCAAGAGUUAUGAGGAAGUUACGACUAAUACGAUAUCCACUGGUUAUAUUAUCUCUCAGCACCCAAGUGGUGGGCUUAUCAUAGGUUUUUACGGUGGAACUCGUGGAUUCAUGUUUCCAAAAGAAGCGGAACGAUUAGGAACCAACAUAAAAAUUGGUCUAACAGUCCGUAUUCAAGUGAUCAGUGUUGAUCCGCAACGCGAGCGUAUGUUGGUUGCGGUAGCAAAUACGAUUAAUGGUGCAACUGCGAUAGCGAGGGCUCAGCCAUUUGUAAUCGAUGCAGAGAAUCCGAUUUCUUUUUCGGCAAUUGUUAUAAACAUUUCGUCGGAUGGUAAUAUGUUAAAACAGAACGAGACUUUGAACGUUGCUAUCCGGCUAGGAAAGAAACUGGAUAAAAAAGUGGAGGCAUUCAUUCCGAGAGAACUACUGAGUGACUACCUUGAUUUACCUUUUUCUUCACUAAGCGAAAGCAUUGCACUUGAAAGCAUACUACCAAAAGUUGCAAUACUGGGCGAUGUUGCUGGAAAUCUCAAGGCGACGAGUAAACGUUUCAUAAUCGAUUGGUUAGAAAAACAUCCACGCAUCACUAGUAUUCAAAAUCUUGCCAAAGGAGAACUUGUUUGUGGUAACAUCAUCCAAAAGCAUCAGGAAAUGGGAUAUUUUGUUGAAUUGGCAGGUGGCUCAGCUCUCACAGCCCCAGCACGCUUUAUACGUCCGAUGGCAUUGUCAGUGCAAGAACUUCAAAUAGGACAAACCGUUGUGGCACGAGUAUCAUCAGUUGAUUUGGAGAGGAAACGAUUUGCUUUAAUCUUGGAUAUACAUCUAUGUGUACCACCCGGUGCAGAAUCUGAUUAUUUUGCACCAUCUAUGGUAUAUUAUGUUUUGGAGGAACUGAAUUGGUUUAUAGCAAACAAUCCAAAUAUUUCGCAAAUACCAAAAAUCGGAGAAUGUAUCGACAUAAAGAUCAUAGAGGUCUCAGAAUGCAGUGUUAUUGUACAGUGUGCUGAUAACUCAAAUUUCAAGGGACACGCAAUAAAUAGCACUAAUAUUCUGGAGGGAAGAAGUUGUGCGAAAGCAUUAGUUCUGGAUGUCAAAUUGCCAUCCUGUGAAUUGGUUCUAUUUUUUCUGAAUGACGGUGUUCAGCAUUUGAAUGAGAAGAAACUACAGUCACUAGUGUGCAGUAAAAAGAAAUUUGACGCGAAAGUAUGGUUACACAAAAGAGAAUAUGCGGUUGCGAUAGCAGAAGUUGAAAAAUUGGCUUUUGUGGUUUGCAUUCCGGUGAGAAUACAUCCGAAUGUGAAUAUUAUUUCUGCAAAGUCAGAUGGAAAUGACAAUCACUAUACGAUUACACCCAAGCUCGUUGCUGGCAACAUUGUUAUUGGAACUGCAAUGGAAACGUUGAAGAAAUACGAAUUGACUCAUAGGAAAUUUAAAACACCUGUGAAGGCAGCAGUAAAGAAAAAAUUGAAGCAGUUUUCGAUUUAUACAGCAAAAGUUAAGGGAAUGUGGUCCAGAGAUGACUUAUAUAAUGCUGUCGAAUUAGAGUUACCCGAUGGCAGUAUCGGACGUUUACACGCAUCGGAAUUUGAUGAAAGCUUCUUAAAUCAAACUUCUCAUCCAGUUCAAAGUUUUUUGAAAAAAAGGAAAAAUAAAACAGUGAACGUUAAAAUUAUAUGUUUCACGAAGUUGAAGCAAAAAAUGGAGAAGAUGGAUCUUUCUAAACCAAAAGGAAAGGGUGUUCAAAAAGGCGAAAAAAUGGUUGUUGUGACACGUUUGUCUGAAUGUACGAUGAAAACUUGGAAAUUGAAUGAGACGAAGAGAAAGCAGUCACUUCUGGGGUAUCCACAAAGUUAUACGCAUGGAUCGUUAAUACCUGUUUUUGUUUGUAAGGGACCUCAUGUUGGAGUGGUCAGAGUGGAAGUUAGCCCACUUUGGAAUGGUAUUAUUCGGAAGCAGAAUUUGUAUGAUGAAAAUUUGAUAACUAAUCCAACAAACGAUGCAUCAGCAUUAGUUGAUAUCGAUUUUGAAACCGGUGAAAAAUUAAUUGCACAAGUUAUUGGAGUGAAUGUUUACAAGAAUGGACGUGGAAAGUCGAGGCAUCGAAAAUGUUUGGAAAUGACCUUAAAAGAAACACGAAAGAUAUUCGAGCGUGGUGACCGUGUGACAGGGCGAGUUGUCGGCAUUACGCAGUCACCAAGUAGUGUUAUAUUGGAACUUACUAAUAAUCAACGAGCUGUUCUUACUUUGACU